AUCGCUCCAAUACGAAAACUUAAUUGUAAAGGUGACAAUCGAGUUGAAGUGAUGAAUGCGCGAAUUUGAAGUAAAAUCUUUGCAAAAGAUACCGUAGUUCAUAUUUUUUAUUAAGGACGCUUAAUUUGUGAAGUGAAAUUUAUCGAUCCUCUGAAUUGUACAAGAAAAAGAAAUAAAUCAAGAAUUCAAUAUUGAGAUCAUCAUCGUAAUUGAUCCCAUGAUAUAUUUUUUGUUACUAUAAAGAAUCCAAAGUCUUACUGACAAACGGAAACAGAGCUCGCUCACGAGUGGACCGACAAAAGUGUAUGCCACUUCAUAACGUGAUCGGCUGACGAUAGUUACGUACACUUUAAACGGGAGUGACCGACGAAAGGUGUAUGAAACUUACUUCAUAACGUGAUCGGCUGACGAUAGUUACGUACAUUUUAAAAGGAGUAAAGCAGUGAUUAUAUUGUCGCCAUGUACGGCAUUCUGUGUGAGAACUUGGUUGAGUACGUCAAGUUCCAGUAUGGGGAGGACAAGUGGGAGGAGAUCAGACAUCUCGCCAAGAUUGAAUUCCCCGCCUUCUGCACUCAUCAAGUCUACAGUGAAAAUCUUCUGCCUAAAUUAGGCAAAAAAGCUGCCCAGGUUCUCAACACGACGGAAGAAGAGUUCUUCUUCGGCAUGGGCGCUUACUUCGUGAGCUUCGUGGGGCAGUACGGGUACGACAGAGUGCUGUCCGUACUGGGCAGACAUGUGCGCGACUUCAUCAUGGGUCUGGACAACUUGCACGAGUACCUCAAGUUCUCGUACCCUCGUAUGCGGCCGCCCUCUUUCUUCUGCGAGUGCGAGAGCAGCACCGGCAUGCUGCUCCAUUACCGCUCCAAGCGCCGUGGCUAUGCGCACUACGCCAUGGGGCAGAUCAAGGAGGUGGCGCGUCACUUCUACAACGCUGACUUGGAGAUCGAGCUGAUCCGAGAAGACAUGCAAUUUGACACCUCGCACGUGGUCUUCCAGCUCACCUUCGACAACGAAGCUUACUCGAAACAGAUGAACCUGUGUCAGCUCAGAGCUGAAGAUAACCUUCCACUCAGGGGACACAUAAUAUUCGAAAUCUUCCCCUUCUGUCUUCUAUUCAACACAAACAUGGUUGUGAAGUUCAUCGGAAAUUCUCUAAUGCAAAUACUGCCCGAACUCGUCGGAAAAAAAGUCACGGAUUGGUUCGACGUCGUACGGCCUAUGGUUGAAUUCAAAUUCGAUAACAUGCAUACCCAGAUCCUGCGGCGAACGAACAACAUCUUCGAACUCGUGACGUCAGAGGAAGCCAAAGAAUAUCACCUAAAUCAACGCGAGAAGAGCUACCGUAGCAACUCUAAGUUUAUCAAAGACGAGUCCGAGACCGAGGAGGACGAGGAGUCUAAAGGACUCACCCUCAAAGGUCAGAUGAUCUACAUGGAGGACUGGAAGAUGAUCUUGUUCCUGUGCACUCCGGUGAUGCCAGAUCUGGACUCGAUGAUCUACACGGGACUCUACAUCAAUGAUCUUUCCAUGCACGACUUUUCGAGAGACUUGAUGUUGGCCGGGACCCAGCAGUCCGUGGAGCUAAAGCUUGCGCUCGACCAAGAACAACUCAAGAGCAAGAAGCUCGAAGUUUCUAUGAAGAAGUUGGACGAGGAGAUGAAGCGAACUGACGAGCUUCUUUACCAGAUGAUCCCUAAACAGGUUGCCGAUCGUUUACGCAAGGGGGAAAAUCCGGUAGAGACCUGCGAGACGUUCGAGCUAGUGACGAUCCUGUUCUCGGACGUGGUGACGUUCACGGAGAUCUGUUCACGCAUCACCCCCAUGCAAGUGGUGUCCAUGCUCAACGCCAUGUACUCAAUCUUCGACAACCUCACCGAGAAACACUCCGUAUACAAGGUGGAGACCAUCGGUGACGCGUACAUGGUGGUGGGGGGCGCGCCGGAGCGGCAGAGCGCACACGGACAGCUGGUGUGUGACAUGGCGCUGGACAUGGUAGAGGCCAUCACGGACCUUAAGGACCCCAGUACAGGCAACCACUUGCGUAUCCGCGUGGGGGUGCACUCGGGGAUGGUCGUGGCGGGGGUCGUGGGGAUGAAGAUGCCCCGGUACUGCCUCUUCGGGGACGCCGUCAACACGGCAUCACGCAUGGAGUCCACAAGCGAGGCGAUGAAGAUCCACAUCUCGGAGUCGACGAAGGAAAUCUUGCCCUCGGGAUACAACACGGAGGUUCGGGGAGAAAUCACCGUGAAAGGGAAAGGCAACAUGAAGACCUACUGGCUGUCGUCCCGCGAUGGUCGCGAGAGCAUCAAAGGCAAGUACGGUCCCCCGCAGUUCGCGACCAUCGAUGGCCACGAGCGGCCGCCGUCGUCUGCGUCGCGCGCGUACUCGCCUGUGACGAUGGAGGAGGUCGCUCGUCUGUCCCGCGCCAAUACGCCUGUGCCGGGCGCUGUGGGUGGUGCAAGUGCUCCGUCUGUGGGCGCUGGAUGUAGUGUUGCAAAGCGGCGUUUCUCGAACGCCAGCUUCGGCACGAACGGAAGCAUUGGCCCCAGCGACCACCGUCCUUCGGUGUCGCUUAGCACGAGCUCGACGCCCGUGCCCUCGCCGCCCUCCCAGGUGCGCAAAGACGCGCCGGCCCCGCCACGCAAGCCUCCCGUUGUAAACUUUGCCACCGCCACCGCCGCCGCCACCGCCGAAGACGACGUCGGCCGACCCUCGGUCGUCAACUCGCACGGUUCACAGACCAUCGACGCGUCACAAGUCAAGUUCACGACGGGCGGCAAGAACAGGACCAUGAAAGUCAUAAAGCCCAGCAUGGAUCGCUCCCCAUCCAGAUCCUUCACCUCUCCUAAUGGAGUUCGGAUGGUCGAGCGUUCCACAUCCCCUUUUAAUAUCGAAGAUUACCCUGGUAAUAGAAUCCACAGUAACGCGUGUACACUUCUUUGA